AGUGCGAUGCUGGCGGUGGCAGGAAUGACGGGCAGCAUUGCUAAUGCCUUGGCCAGUGCGGCCUGUGAGCGAUGUAAGAGUGGCUUCGCUCCAACUGAGAAGAUAGUCAACAGUAAUGGAGAGCUGUACCAUGAGCAGUGCUUUGUGUGUGCCCAGUGUUUCCAGCAGUUUCCCGAUGGACUCUUCUAUGAGUUUGAAGGAAGAAAAUAUUGUGAACAUGACUUCCAGAUGCUCUUUGCGCCUUGCUGUCAUCAGUGUGGCGAGUUCAUCAUAGGUCGUGUCAUUAAGGCCAUGAACAAUAGCUGGCACCCCGACUGCUUCUGCUGCGACAUUUGCCAGGCUGUGCUUGCAGAUGUGGGAUUUGUCAAAAAUGCUGGCAGGCACCUGUGUCGCCCGUGCCAUAACCGCGAGAAAGCUCGCGGCCUGGGCAAGUACAUCUGCCAGAAGUGCCACGCCAUCAUUGAGGAGCAGCCGCUGAUCUUCAAGAAUGACCCUUAUCACCCGGACCAUUUCAACUGCAGCAACUGUGGGAAGGAGUUGACGGCAGAUGCUAGAGAACUGAAGGGAGAGCUCUACUGUUUACCUUGCCAUGACAAGAUGGGCGUGCCAAUCUGCGGGGCCUGCAGGAGGCCUAUCGAAGGGCGUGUUGUCAACGCCAUGGGCAAGCAGUGGCACGUGGAGCAUUUUGUGUGUGCCAAAUGUGAGAAGCCAUUCCUUGGUCAUCGCCAUUAUGAAAGAAAGGGUUUGGCUUACUGCGAGACUCAUUAUAACCAGCUCUUUGGUGACGUGUGCUAUCUCUGCAACCGUGUGAUUGAGGGCGAUGUCGUGUCUGCUCUCAACAAAGCCUGGUGUGUCAGUUGUUUCUCAUGCUCCACCUGCAACACCAAACUCACUCUCAAGAACAAGUUUGUAGAGUUUGACAUGAAGCCUGUUUGUAAAAAGUGUUAUGAGAAGUUUCCUCUUGAGCUCAAGAAAAGGCUGAAGAAGUUGGCAGAGGCACUGGGACGUAAGUGA